AUGGACAUCGCCACCGACCUCCGCGACAUUAUAGAUUGCCCGCCCACAGAAACCCCUUAUACUGCCCUAAAGGAGGCUCUCAUUUCCCGCAUUUCCCUCUCAACGCAAAAACGUCUCCAACGCUUAAUUUCUGAGGAAGACCUCGGUGACAGGAAGCCUACGCAGCUUCGUAGGCGUUUGGAGCAGUUGGCAGACGGACAAAAGCUGGAUGCCACCAUGUUCAAGCAACGUUUCUUCCAAAGGUUGCCUCCUUCUGUGCAAGCCAUCCUUGCGCCUAACAUUUCUUCUUCGACUGUUCAGAUGCUCGCAGAGACUGCUGACCGAAUACUCCAGUACUACCAGCCUCCUGCUAUGGUUAACGUCGCUAGUCGAAGCACAACUGCCCCCACAAUCGAGGAUGUCGUCAAACGCCUGGAUGCCCUCACUCUCGAAGUUUCCCAGCUCCGGGCCACUCGUGUCUAUAACCCUCGUAGUCCUACAAUUUCUCGCCGCCCGAGAUCUCCCACUCCAAACAAACCAACAGUUGAUGGUUUCUGUUGGUAUCAUCACAAUUAUGGUUCUAACGCCCAUCGCUGCCACUCUCCGUGCAGAUAUAAAAGACCCGAGUCGGAAAACUCCCCUGCCGACCAGUAA